AUGACUGAUAGCAGUGGUAGAAAGUCACCUAUUAGUCUUACAGGUGAAGCUAAAAAAAGAGUCAAAAGAGUUUUUAAUGAAAUAAAUGACAAAUAUGAAUUGCCACAACAACCUAAUUUGCUACAAAAACCAAAGCAGCAGCCAACCCCGCAUAUUUUAAACACUAAAAAAACUGACAAGAUCCAGAAAGCUCCUCAGGAUGAAAGUUUGGACAAUUUGCGUGUUUUGGUUAAAAAAAAAUACUUGAACAAAAAAGAAAAUAUGAAAUUACAAAAAUUGGUAGAAUCUGUACACAAAUUUGAGAGAGAUGAAUUGCCUUAUUUGACCCACAGUUCCAAAAGUUUGCCUGAUCAACGGUAUCAGCGAUACAAAUUGCAAAAAGAAAUUGCACUUUUAUAUAAAGAUAAAGGGGUCACCAAAUCCAAAUACGAAGCAAAUUUUCAUUUACCCGAUGAAAAGGGUAAUUUUGGAACUGUUAAUGAUAAAUUAAAUAAAAAGGGAGCAGAGCAGUGGGAAUUAUUGCAAUUAAAACAAGCGACUCAGAAUUUGAGCACUGAUGAAAUAUAUGUUAAAGGUUCUGAUAAAUACGAGUAUGUGUUUGAUAAAGAGACAUUUAUAGAUUUUACACCAGAUAAUGAAAAUGUGGAUCCAGGAGCAAACUUCAGUGAUGAUCCAGCAAGCAAGCAGGAUUUGGAACUACCAAUUACUAAAAUGAAACCCCAGUUAUUGGAGGCUAUUGAUAAAAAUCAAGUUUUGAUAGUGGUUGGUGAAACAGGUUCCGGUAAAACGACCCAAUUACCACAAUACCUAGUCUUGGACAGAAAUUGGAAAGUUGCCUGUACACAGCCACGUAGAGUUGCAGCUACCUCUGUUGCUAAAAGGGUUAGUGAAGAAAUGAAUGUUGAGUUGGGUCAAGAAGUUGGAUAUACCAUUAGGUUUGAUGAUAAAAGUAAUGAGCAAACAACGGUUUUAAAAUAUGUCACCGAUGGUAUGUUAUUAAGAGAAUUCCUUGCGGAUUCUAAACUGUUGAAAUACGAUUGUAUCAUGAUAGAUGAAGCACACGAACGGACUUUAUCAACAGAUGUAUUAUUAGGGUUAUUAAAAGAACUAUUGAAGAGCAGACCACUAACUGGUGAUAAAGUUAAUGGCGAUGAACAGCUUCGUCCGCUAAGGUUGAUAAUAUCUUCAGCAACAAUGAAUGCUUCGAAAUUUUCUGAGUUUUUUGAUGGUGCACGACUUUUCAAUGUACCAGGUAGGAGGUUCCCGGUAGAUAUCCAUUACACGUUGCAACCGGAAGCAAAUUACAUACAAGCUGUUUUAACAACGAUUUUUCAAAUACAUUUAUCGCAACCUGUUCCCGGUGAUAUAUUGGUUUUCCUAACGGGACAAGAUGAAAUCGAGUACCUAAAUUCAAUUUUACAAGAUAUAAACUGCAAACUACAAGAUACCAAUUGCAUACCAAUGUUAAUAACACCAAUCUACGGCAAUUUGCCACAGGAUCAACAGGCAGAAAUUUUUAAACCAACACCUGCCGCCUAUAGGAAGGUAGUUCUGGCCACUAACAUUGCAGAAACGUCAUUGACCAUUAAUGGUAUUAAAUAUGUAAUAGAUCCCGGGUUUGUGAAAAUUAAAACAUUUAUACCGCAGACUGGGAUGUCUCAGUUAUCAACUGUGCCUUGUUCGAAAGCAUCUGUUGAUCAAAGAGCCGGGAGAGCUGGGCGUGUAGGUCCUGGUAAAUGCUUUAGAAUAUUUACUAAAUGGAGCUAUGAACAUGAAUUGGAAUUGUUGCCGCAGCCCGAAAUAUCAAGAACCAAUAUUAGCAGUGUUAUUUUAUUAUUAAUGUCGUUAGGUGUGAAAAACUUGCUAGACUUCCCAUUACUAGAUAGACCAAGUAUUCCACAAUUGAGUAAAGGUUUAGAAAAUUUGUAUUUAUUAGGUGGAUUGAACAGCAAGGGACAAAUAACACAUUUAGGGUACAUAAUGAAUGAUUUCCCUUGCGAGCCUAAUUUUUUAAAAGUUUUAUAUGUUGCAGCGGAUAAAUUUGGUGUUUUGGAACCAGUUUUGACUAUAGUGGCCAUGCUACAUGAGACACAAGCACUCUUUAGUAAUGAAAAAAAUUUGGACAAAGCAAGCAUGUUCCCCAAUGUUGUCAGUGAUCAUAUGUUAUUGUUGAACAUUUACAAUGCUUGGAAAGAAAAUAAUUGUAGUAAGAGUUGGUGUGUUGUUAAUAAGAUCCAAAGCAAAACGAUGUCAAGAGUGGAAAAUAUCAGAAAGCAAUUGUGGAGAUAUUGUAAAAAUAGGAGUGAAAUUAUGGAUUUAAAUAACAAACAUGGUAAUAAUAUGGUAGGAUGCUCUCCUAUUUCCUUAGAAAGUUGUAUUAUUAAAAGUUUUAUUAGUGGGUUUCCAAAUAAUAUUGCAAUUAUAGGAAGAAAUGGACAGUACAAACAACAAAACAAUUCCAACAUUUCGAUGGUUUUACAUCCUACAAGUUUAAUUUCGUGUAGAAUGAAAACUGCGGGUAUGAAACCUUACAAGAUAAUAUUAUACCAUCAAUUGAUUAUGACUUCUAAAGAAUUCAUGAGAGAUUGUACACCUGUUUAUAAAGAAGAAUGGUUAAAAGAAAUGGUACCACAAUUUUUCGUAUCAUGA